GGAGCCAGAUAGUAUUGGGACGCUCUGGAUGGUGUUUCCAUUCUACCUUAUGUUCCUUCAUUCCUAUCAACCAAGCUUAUUUAAUAUGCUUUGGAAUUUGGAGAAGAAAUUAUAGCUGGCAAACAUGUGAAAAAGUUUUUAAACCUAGAGGCUCUUCUGACUUUAGAAUCAGUUGUUAUAUGACCAGGAAGAGAUAAAUGCAGGUGUUGAACCAUGCCAAAAAUCUUGUCAAGAGAAUGGAUUGUUUCAUACAGAAACGAGAUGUGGCUUCUGAUCCUGGUGGCCCAUUUGUUCCAGAGAAAUGUGAAUUCAGGACAUAUGCGAGCUAUCACUGUGGACCCAGAAGCAUUCAUGAAUAUUAGUGAAAUCAUCCAACAUAAAGGUUAUCCUUGUGAGGAGUAUGAAGUCUUAACAGAAGAUGGAUAUAUCCUUUCUGUUAACAGGAUUCCUCAAGGCCUCGGGCAACUUAAGAAGACAGGUCCCAGACCUGUGGUGUUACUGCAGCAUGGCCUGUUGGGAGAUGCUAGCAACUGGAUUUCCAACCUGCCCAACAACAGCCUGGGCUUCAUUCUGGCAGAUGCUGGUUUUGACGUGUGGCUGGGAAACAGCAGAGGAAACGCUUGGUCUCGGAAGCACAAGACCCUCUCCAUAGACCAAGAUGAGUUCUGGGCUUUCAGCUAUGAUGAGAUGGCUAGGUUUGACCUUCCUGCAGUCAUAAACUUUAUUUUGCAGAAAACGGGCCAAGAAAAGAUUUAUUAUGUCGGCUAUUCACAGGGCACCACCAUGGGCUUUAUUGCAUUUUCCACCAUGCCAGAGCUGGCUCAGAAAAUAAAAAUGUAUUUUGCUUUAGCACCCAUAGCUACUAUUAAAUAUGCAAAAAGCCCUGGGACCAAAUUUUUGCUGCUGCCAGAUAUGAUGAUCAAGGGAUUGUUUGGCAAAAGAGAAUUUCUGUACCAGACCCGAUUUCUUAGACAGUUUGUUGUUUACCUUUGCAGCCAGGUGAUUAUGGAUCAGAUUUGUAGCAACAUCAUGUUACUCCUGGGAGGAUUUAAUCCAAAGAAUAUGAACAUGAGCCGAGCAAAUGUGUAUGUCGCUCAUACUCCUUCAGGAACAUCUGUGCAAAAUAUCCUGCACUGGAGCCAGGCCGCGAAUUCUGGGGAACUCCGGGCAUUUGACUGGGGCAGUGAGACCAAAAAUCUGGAAAAAGGCAAUCAGCCAACUCCUGUAAGGUACAAAGUUAGAGACAUGACAGUCCCUACAGCAAUCUGGACUGGGGGUCAGGACUGGCUUUCAAAUCCGGAUGAUGUGAGAACACUGCUCUCUGAGGUGACCAACCUCAUCUACCAUAAGAACAUUCCUGAAUGGGCUCACGUGGAUUUCAUCUGGGGUCUGGAUGCUCCUCACCGUAUGUACAAUGAAAUCAUACAUCUGAUGAAACAGGAAGAUACCAGCCUUUCCUGGGGAACUAUUAGUGUAAGCCUGUGA